UUCGUACUGUCUGUUGGGUGAAAUGGCUACGGAACAGUUUUUCCUUGUGGUUCUCGUGGUUUUAGUUGGGUGUUUUUCGCUGUGUUUUCUAAGAGGAAAGUAUGUCAACAAGCCCUACAAUGGCCCUGUUAUCUAUCCCAUAGUCGGCUGCGCCUACGAUUUCUUUAAAAAUCGUCACAGAUUUCUGCAAUGGUUCACAGAAAUAAUGGAGAAGAUGCCAACAAAUACUUUCAAGCUCGAACGGCCCGGUGGAGUUAGAGAUAUCAUGAUUGCGAAUCCUGCAAACGUCGAGCAUAUGCUGAAGACCAACUUCGAAAAUUAUCCAAAGGGAGAACGCUAUACAACUCUUCUCCACGAUUUCUUAGGCCGAGGGAUUUUCAAUGUGGACGGCGAGCUGUGGAAGAUGCAGAGAAAGACUGCAAGCUAUGAGUUUAAUACCAUAUCUCUGAGAAGCUUCGUGGUGGAGACGGUGCAGUGGGAGAUUCAGAAUCGCCUCUUGCCAGUCCUCACAAGCGCAUCCAAAACGGGUAAGUCUUUAGAUUUGCAAGACAUUUUGCAGAGAUUUGCAUUUGAUAAUAUUUGUAGCGUAGCGUUUGGGAUGGAUCCCGCCUGUCUUCUCCCUUCCAUGCCCAUUUCACCUUUUGCAAAGGCUUUUGACGAUGCUACUGAAAUUAGUGCCGGUAGAUUCUAUUCUGCUGUUCCUUUUUGGUGGAGAGUAAAGCGCAUGCUUAACAUCGGUUCUGAAAAGCGCUUGCGCGAAGCUAUUAAACUAGUGGACAAAUUUGCUAUGGAUGUGGUGAGUAGUAGAAGGAAGGAGACUUCGGUGAGUGCGGGAGGCCCUGAAAGAGAGGAUCUGCUUUCUAGGCUCAUGGCGGCUCUUUCAAGCAAGACAGAUGAAUUCGAGAUAGAUAAUGAGUCAGAAAGUGAGAAGCAAUCCUGUGGUACGAUGGAUGUGUUUUUGAAGGAGAUGGUAGUGAGCUUUCUGUUGGCAGGGAGGGAUACCACGUCCGCUACUCUCACAUGGUUUUUCUGGGUGCUCUCUUCCCACCUGAGAGUAGAGGAAGCCAUUCACACUGAAGUUUUACAGAUCUUGGCCAAGAGAUCACAAACCCCACCAGCUGAUGAAGAAGGGAUUAGUUUCAGCUUUGAAGAAUUGAAGGAUAUGCAAUAUCUGCAUGCUGCUCUGUGCGAGUCAAUGCGGCUCUACCCUCCUGUGCCUGUAGAUCCUAAACUUGCCUCCAAAGAUGAUGUUUUGCCAGACGGGACUUCUGUGGCGAAGGGAACGCAUUUGAAUUACUGUAAUUAUUCGAUGGGCAGGAUGGAAAACAUUUGGGGUAGUGACUGUUUGCAGUUUAAGCCUGAGAGAUGGUUGAAAGAAGGGGAAUUUGUGGGAGACAAUCCAUAUAAGUUUCCAGUAUUCCAUGCAGGACCUCGAGUAUGUCUGGGUAAAGCGAUGGCAUUCAUUCAGAUGAAAUCUAUCGUGGCUUCUGUUAUUCAUGGUUUCAGUUUCAAGGUUGAAGAUGGGAUUAAGUGUCCAGAUUAUGUUGUGUCAUUGACCAUGCGCAUGAAAGGAGGGCUACCUGUUACAGUAAGAUGUCGAUGAGGAUCUGCAUCUGUUGCAUCUGCUUGAUAGGAAUAUUAGGUAAUUUUCUGAAAUCUCCUUAUUUUUAGUUAGUCAAAGUUGAGAGAUGUAUUUACUAUUUAGCAGACAAAUUAUGUUAUUCUAUUCUCUCUUGUGAUGGAAAAUUUUAUGCUGAAGUGCCAAUUUGAGGAACAAGUAUAUUGAAUUGUGAGGGUUGCAAAUAUUUUUAGAAGAAUAUAAUAAUAUUCAAAUGAUUAUUGAUUUA